CUUUGAUAUCUAGCUGGGCCCAAGGUGGUACGAGACGCAGUGGUUACUCCCAAAAUCCUUGAAUCAGUCUGACUCUGAGCUGCAGGGAUUGUUACGACCGCAAUAUUGUUGCCUCCUCUUUUAUCAUUGCUCGAAAAUCGGGCUUCCCAGGCUUCACCAGGCUCAAAUUUUAUAGCUCUUGUUCCAGGCAUGCCGCAGACACGCGCAAAAACUACAGCGUCCACUCAUACCCAUGAUAUUUCAUCGUCAUCUCCUGCACCAGCAACCAAUUCUUCGCCAACUCGUGCUACACCGUAUACGCGUUCCAAGGGACCUGCGGCAGCAUCAGCAGAACCGAUUAACAGUACUAGUACUGCUCAGCCUCGCGUUCGUACACCACUGACAAUCCGCUUGCCAAGAGCAUCAGUUGCAGGACAUUCAACGACAUUAUCUAUCACAAAUAACGCUUCUAAAUCGUCUCUUACCGCCUCUGCACCCGCUAUUGGUAUCAAUAUUGGUGCUGGUGCUCCUAUUCCCACCUCAUCCAUACGCACCCCCAUACCCGCACCUACCCCACUGAUACGUACACCACCGCCAACGACAUCCAAUGUAUCACAAUCUACAUCCACUGCUCCUCUACGGCCUCCUCCGUCCGCGCCUACGCCAGCUACCUCUGCACCAAAAUCUGCACCUGUAUCAUCUGCGCACUUACCUGCUCCACCUAUUUACACUUUCCCACCACCCCCACCACCUCCAAAUCAUGUCGCCGACCCUGCAGCUGCAGCGCGUACCUCAUCGACCACACAACUCCCCGCAUCUGUGACACCCAACUGCUAAUGCAGCAGCCUUAUCAGCCCUAUCCGCGCAAUCCGCAGCAUUAGCAAAUACCUCAGUUUCCGCUUCUCCGCGUUAUCCUACUCCUCCUCCCGCGUCAUCACACGCUUCACUGUCCACCUCAACUACUCUACGUCCUGUUCAGCGCUCGCUAGCAAUGGCUUCUGAGUCGCAGCUUGCUCGCCGACCUCAGGUUCAAUAUCCCACUCCAUCCUCAGC